GAGAGAGAGAGAGGGAGAGAGGGCGCAGAGCCUCCAUUCAAAUUCAGAGAAAAAAGAGAGAUAGAGAGAGAGGGGUUAACGACGCGGUUUUGGUGUUUAUGUUUGAUUAGAGGUUGUGAAUUAGGCCUUCGGUGGUGUCGUUUCUGAUGGAGAGAUUGGCAGCGACGGGGAUGAUAUCGUCGAGGUUGUAUGUGAGAUGGGAAGAAGUGUACGUAACGAGCGAUAGAGGGAGGAGAGACGUUCGGUACUAUUUGAUACGGAAGGACGGGACUUCAGAUCUGGCUGUGGCUGGUAAAGAGAAGAGUUUGGGACGCAUGUCCUAUCGAUACGCUAUUCGUGAUCUUUCUCUGGUAUCGGCUUCCAAUUCGUCUUCGUUUUUGAAGCUGAGAUCGAGGAGAGAGGUCAUCGAUUGGUUGAAUUCAAUUGUUUCAGGUACGUCGUGAAUUUCAUUUAAUUUCAAUUUGUUGGAAAGAUUUUAUUUUUAUUUCUAGAUUGAUUUUUAUCAAG